AUGAAGGUAGAUUCGAAGGUGUUGGAGAAGAUUGCAGCGCGCAUUGAGGGUGCGUUGAAAGACACCAGCGUCAAGAAUCAAUCCUCCAUCGCGUUUGUUGUGAAAGGCCGCAUUGCGAGCGCAAAUAUGCUUGAACCUACAGAAUUUACCCUGGCUUUCACUGGGGAUGGCAAUGCUGAGAACACGUUCCUUCCAGUAUGGGAGGGAGAUCCUCUCAAUUACACAGUCCUCAAAGUCAUGCACCACGGAAGUAAACACAACAGUUUCUGGAACAUCGAUGGCACCAAAGUCAAAAAUCGUUAUGACCAGGUCAAAAAUAACGCUAAGUUCAAGAAGGCGUGCUGGCCUGGGAAUGAUCUAUGGGACAACAAAGUCCCGGAAACGUGCAAAGGAACACAAGCGAAUACCACGCUCUUCUUCACCAACGUGACAGCAAAGAAGUACAUUAUAUCAUCCUCCAUUUCGGAAGGACACCAAAAUCCGCAUCUGAGUACCCUCGUUGGUAUCAUUACUCGAGCUAUUGUCCGAUAUGAAAUUGGUGGCAUUGACAUCUUCCUCACGUCCCAAAGCAUCGAGAAUCAGAUACACGAAUUCUGCCUAAAUUUCUGCUACGCGGACCCGGAAGAUCCAGCCGGAUACCAAUACACGGGGAAGUUCGAUGCAAACAAGAAGCCCUCGUUGUUCUGGGACGAAGAAGGCAAGUACUACCGAAUUUGGCAGCUGAAACCAGAGAUCGAUCCUCAAUUCGGUACCAUCAUGGUGAGUCCAAAUGAAACAAUGCCUGUGGGGUAUGGCAGCCAUCCGAUGUGGGAGCGGGUUAGACCUACGUCGAUAUUCUACCUUAACUUUCAUCGCAGGAAUUUCAACACUCCAACAAGUCUCACGGUUGUCCCAGAUACUCGUUUGAAGAAGAGGCAAGCACCAACUGUAGAUGCUGGGGGUGUCGCGGGUGUGAUCUCUAAGAUACUCGCAAAUGGAAAGAAGGAUAAAGAGGAUGAAACAAGCAACGCGACGAAGAACAGAAAGGAGCUAAAGAAAUCAAAGAUCGAGCAAAAGCUAGCGAAUAAGCGCCGAGCAAAGCGUGAUUCGAGUAGCCCUCCGCCUUCUUCGCAAGGUCGCACCGGAGGCGACCAAAGCGGCCAGGGUAAUCAACGCCGAAGGUCCAGGAUUCGUACUGGCACGCAUUCUGGAGGGAGCACCAACAGUUCUAUAGCCAAUACUCAAGCGACUGCUCCAAUGGUGUUUCUAUCUCGACAAACCUUUUCCAGUGUUGUUCAGCCUGAAGUUCAGUUCGAUGAGAGAAUAUCAAAAACUGUCUCGGUCAAGAAAAGUCAACCUUCGGACGAGGAAUUACUGAUGCCAUAUGAAACAUUGGCACGGUUUGACGUGAAAAUAUCGCCGCUUCUUACAAAGCGCCUGCAACAGUUGCAAGGUUACAAGUUCAAGAAGCUCGCAGACACUGUCUCUUUCCUGCAUCAUAUGGCCCUCAGCGGGUCACUCACGGCAUUGCAAGCUAAAGUAUUGAUGGAUGAGCAUACUGUUGACGAUAAGUUAACACUUGGUGGACUCUUGGGUCUGGUUUUCGAACCUGAUCUGGCCUCCAAAUUCAUCGACCUCCUUCCAAUGACCUUUGCCUACCCAAUACCAUCAGACCCCUUCUGCUGGCCCUUGAAAGGGGAGGUGCAUGCUCAAGUAGCCGAUUACAAAGAGACUGGCAAAUAUGCUGCCGGAAAUACCGGCGUGCAAAGCAUCUCAUUCCAGGUCAUGCCUCCCGCCGGGGGAAUGGAAUGGGAAGUACCAUUUCAAUCCACGGAUAAUCUGCACAGUCCCUUGACUGUCCAAAUCAUCGGACACAUAUCUUUCAACAUUCAUUGGCCUUUCAAUACCCGUAGGCGACAUGUUUACGGCUCCUUCGCCGGGCAGAUCAGUUCGGGGGGAAACAUCUCCCAUGUUGUUGUCGACUAUCUCUAUUUCCCAGAGGAAGAGGCGCCAGUGAGCUAUCAUAUUCGGUUUGCUGACGAGAUGUACAAUGUAUCCGGCCACAGCGUCAAAUUGAGCGACAUAUGGAGUGUCAUGCCCCUAGGGUUAACAUCCCUCGUUGAUGAACAAUUAAGCCUUGAAGACUGCGGCUUUGCAGUUGCGCGCAGUUCGAUGAUGGCAUCAACAGUUGACUUGAAGCGUAUAUUUGGCAGAUUCGUAUUCAAGAGACAAGAUUCAUGGAAGCCUUUUGGAGAUUUGAUCUCAAUCAAAUUGCCCACAAUCGGUCUUCGGAUUGAGAAUCUCUUUUCGGUAACCCCGAUAAGGACUUUUGUUCGGAUCGAGGAGAAUCUGGACAUUGACGGCAUCGUAGUACCCAUUGUGUUCGAGACAAAACGGAACCGCGGCACUUCAGGGACAAUAUAUCAACUCUCAUAUAUCUCCCGGCCUGCUGAAGGAUUACCUCUCAAGAAGCUCAUUCGGUGGCUUAGCUUUGGACACUUGGACCUCUCGGGUAUCCCUGGACUGAGCAAGCUAUUGGGGACAGUCAAGAUCUCCAAUUUCUCUCUCGGUUGGUUUGGCAACCCAGAAGAGGGAAAACAGGCUGCAUUCUCAGCGAAGCCUGACUUUGUCGAGGUUGCCAUAGAAAUGGAUACCAUGGAUAUCGUGCCGAACGUACUCACCGUCCAGGAAGCGUGGUUAGAGAUGCGCAUCGACCUAGCAUCGUCGGGAUCAGGGUUCAAUAUUUCAGCCGGCAUUACCGCAACGCUAACAAUCGGCGACUGCGACGUUGAGUUUCUUGUUGUAUAUGGAGAGCGCCCUGAAUGGCGGACUCUGGACGACGAAAUACCUGGUCAUCUCAAGCUUGCACUCACCAGCUCAGUGAAGCCAUUGUCGCUCGCCAACAUUUUGGGCCAUUUCAUGCCAAAACAACGACUCCUUCCAGAGGCAUUUUACACAAUUCUGACUAACAGUGGAAUUACUAAAUUCCAACUAGGAGUGGAAAAAAAUGAGCUCAAGAACAACCGCAUCUCCGUGUUCCUCGUUGAGGUUGCUUUAGAGGUCAAGGACGUGGAUAUUUUUGAUGGUUUCAGCAUCAGUGACCCGACGUUUUCUCUUCAGGUGGAGUAUCCAAACGACGUGGCCAAGAGAAGAAUCACGUCUACGAUCGGAGCCAUGACCAAGAUUGCAGGAGUGGAAAUGAAAGCCACAAUAUGGUUGGACAUCGAAGACGAGACCACGGUUGGCUUCACGGUUAUGCCUGUAGCAGACAGACUCCCACUUGGUACCCUGAUCAAAUUCCUCGGGGAGAAGGCCACACGAGCCAUUAAUUUGGAUCUUCCUGAAGGAUUCUCAUCCUUUACGAAUUUCGAUUGCGGACCAAUCUAUCUAUCGUUCUCUAAAAAGAGCGGUGAGAGAUUCAAGCUCGCAACCUUUUACUUCGAGAUCCAAUCUACAACGGGCUACACGCUUUGGGACUACCCAACAGUUUCCUUAUCAGAUAUUGGACUAAUGGUCAACUAUGUCCGAGAUGUGCAGACUACUUCUGCAUUUGGUGUCGUUCUAGACAUUGCAGGCACCAAGCUGUCCGGACAUCUGACCUACUUGUCUGAGGCAGACAAUCUUCUCAAUAACGGCAACCAGUCGACUGCGAUGACCACUACUGGUAAAACAGGAGACCUGAAAGUCUGGACUGCAACCGUAGGAUUCGAAGGCGAGAUAUCAUUGCACUCAGUGCUGUCUUCACUGAUAGGCGUUGACGUUCCGAAGUUCUUCGACGAAGUGCGCCUGGACUAUCUCAAGAAGCUGACCGAUAUCAAAAUUACUGAGGUGGAGAUGGCUCUGUCGAAGUCUACCGAAGCCAGCAAAGUUAAGCUACGUGCACAGAUAGAGUGCCUUGCUUUCGAUUCGGUGGAGUUGGUAGCUUCUAAGACAACGUCUUGGGGGUUCACCUUGUCAUUGACCUGCAAAGACGGCCCUUUGAAGCUACUUCCGGACGUCUGCGCUAACGCUGUUAAAGAGUACGUUACUUUCCUCGACACGAGUAUCCAUCUUUUCUAUGGCGCGAUCGACAUCAGCAGCCAAAGGCAAGGCUUGAUCCUGAACCAAGAAGCCAUGACAAACCUGAAGUCAUCCGGAGGCAUCAUGAUUGCUACCAGCAUGAAGUUCGACAUGUCAAAAGCCGAACUUUUAGCGAAAUGGUUCAAGAAGACCGAGCUGCAAGUCUUCGGUGCCGCCGGCUAUGGCUAUUUCGUCUUGGGUGUUCUCAUCCCUGGGGAGCUCGAACUGCUGGACGGAAAGUUGAAGGUCUCGGCUAGUUUCUUACUCUCAUAUUCACAGAACAAGUUCUUUAUUGGAGCUUCUGGGGACUUCAAACUCCAGCUUGAUGCUAUUUCGAAGGAUCUCAUUGUGGGAAGUGUCACCGUAGGCAUCACUCUCCCCAAAUUUGGAUUGUCUUUCACUUUUAUCACCACUACGCGGCUCCGGAAUGUCUUCAAAAUCCAGGGAUUCGAUCUUGAAGCACUGGGUAUUAGCCUUGAGCUGUUGCCAGCAAGUGGGCUUACGCCAACGUUAUUUUCACUAGCGGGAGGAGCAAAAUUAGAGGGCUUUGAUAACGUUGCAGGAAGUAUUGCAUUCCAAUUCGACGUGACGGAUCCAACCAACUGUUACCUGUCCGGGAAUCUGGAAAACCUGAACCUUGAAGCUCUACUCACCAAAUUUGCGGCCGACAUCCAACGUCCAACGGAGAUCACGACUUUCCUCGGCAAAAAUGACGUUGAUUUCAAGAAGCUCAAUAUCGAGCUCGCGUUGAAGAAGACAAAGGACAUCACUGGGACUAGAGAUAUCAAGCCAGGGUUUCACUUUGAGGGUGCACUCUCCAUCAUCGCAUUCGGGAAGCCUGUAUGGGCUGGAUACACGCUCAUCGACGUCAGACCGCCGAGCUUUGUAGUCAUCGCGCUGAUGGAGCCCGUCGUACCUUAUCCAUCAAAUCCUGGCGUUUUCAGCCUCAAGCGUUGGAACGACAACACCAAGCCAGCGUACAAGCUCGAACUUCCAAACGUGGACCCUGCCUACUUAACCCCUGCCAUGCUCAACGACGGGCCGGUCUUGAAGGUGGCAGUGGGAGACGGUGACAGCAACCCCGUACUCAUUUCCUUUAGUCUGGUCUUCAUGGGAAGCGAUCCGCAGUACCUCUCCAUCCGCGUCAACGACGACAGCUUCUUCACUGAGUUCCAGUUCGGCGAUUCAUCGCUCUCACAAGUCAAGGCCAAGGUAACAUGUGCCUUCAACUCAAACAUUGCCAUCACCGCAACGCUCAGCCUCCGCAUCCCUGCCGUCGUCCUCAAAUUCGCAUGCCAACUCACCUCCGUCUUUGUCUUCCCGGCCGGCGAUCUAGCGAAAGACUCCCAGAGCCCAGUCGGAUUAAACGGAGACCUUGAAUUGUAUGCAGGUUGGGGUUCCGGCAAGGUCGGGUUCAGCGUUACCUUAUGGGCAAGUGCUACUGCGUUCAAUAAAACCUGGAAGCUGGGCCACAUCGGCAAGCAUAUCCCCGAAGAGGAUUUGAGAAGCAUAGCAGCCCUGAUCAGCCGCAUGGCCAAGGUCCUCCACGACAACUUCUCCCGCGUGUUGAACGAGUGGGUCCAGAGUGCGCAGACGGUGAUGGAAGAUGCCAUCAGAUUUGUCAAGAACACGUGGGACACGACUUAUGUGGAGAUCGUGCGCGUGAUGGUGUCUCUCCGGGACGUUGGCUUGCCCACCGCGCUCCUCGGCACUGUCGGCGCGUUUAACCUCCCCCUCAAGGAAGCCAUUGACCUGUUCAAAGAAUUUGGUUUGAAUACUUGGGAGGCUUUGAAGUUCCUGGGCAGGAAGAUUGGGGAUCUAUUCUCAUUCCAGGUGGCAUUAGAUGAGGAUGGGAAGAUGAUCGGUGAACCACCGAAGCCACCGCUGUUCGAGGAACCGGUCAUGGAGGGGCUGCAGCAAAUCAAUAGGGCCAUGAUGACGGCUCGGAGUGAUGAGGAUGUCUUUUUAGUAUCAAAGCAGCCGCUACCGGAUUGGUAUGUGGAAGAGAUGCUAGGCCGCGACGAAAUCGCCGACGUACCGGAGCUGGAUGUCGAUACGGGAGAAGAAUCCGAAGUGUGGUCCGAGGGAGAGGAAGAAACCACAGAGAAGCAGACUGAGGCAGAACAUGCGAAGACUAGGCAAGAGCGUGCAGUUGAGUUGAGAGAAGAGUCGGCGAAAUUCACCAAGGAGGAAGUUCUAGCGAUCGCAGAAUGCUUGCUCAAGGCAGGGUAUAGGAAGGACGAAAUUGAGGACAUGGUCAGAGAAGAAUUUGGAUUGGAGGAAAACGCGGUUCAGAGUGUUAUGGUUGUUUGAUUGAGCAGAUCCUAGAUGGAUUACCUUUGGGAUCAGAAGAUACUUGGUAAGAAGGUAUGAGAGUAGGAGUGCAAGUCUGCGCAGGACCUGAGCUUUAGGUCUUUAAGCUCAUCCUCCUAGUCAUUGAUUUGCAAAAAUGAGAGUGAUU